AUGAGCAUCCAAAGCAAUGUUGAGCAAGCUAUAAGAUGCUUUACGAACUGCAAAAAGAUAUACCUGAGAGAAAGGGAAAUCCAAGGAAUAAGCGACUUCUUGCUGUCGGAUGAUUCAAUCUUCCAUAUCACAGGGAAUCCUGGAACUGGAAAGACAGCUACCGUCCGAGAUGUCCUCCAAAACAAGAAAUUUGAAUAUGUGAAUUACUUCUCAGAACCAGAGCUGAGAAGUAUUUUAGAAAGGAGCAAGACAGAAAUAAUUGUGAUAGAUGAGUUUGACAGAUAUCUUGAAGAGAAGAGACAAGAAUGUUUGCGACUAUUGGUUUCUCUGAAAAAUAAGAAUAAGAAAAUAAUAACAAUCAGCAAUAAUCUAAAGAUGGGAAAUAUGAGGUUCAAGCCUUACACGGCCGAUGAGCUAAAGGGAAUUAUUAAAAUGAAGAUGGAGAAUGAACUUGGCAGGCACAUAAUGGAUGAAGAGUGCAUAGCAUUUUUAGCAAAGAAGCAUGAAAAGGCAGGUGAUCUGCGAGGACUAUUUAAAACAAUUUUGAAUGCAAUAUCCAAAAAAGAGAUUGAAAGUACUGAAGAGAGCAGUAGCAAAGAAAACGCUAAAAAUAGCAUGUAUAUUAAAGAUGGGAGAAAACCAGGUAAAGAGAGUGAUAAUAGCACACAAAACAAAGACGUGGCUACAAAUUGCUAUAUUCUUAGCGUCAAAGACUUCAUUGAGAGUGAAAGACAGGGUGAAAAGAGCAUCCAUCACCAAAUCAUAAGUAAAGUCAAAGAGAAUGAAUCGAGUAAGGCCAGAGCAUACAAAAAAUACUUAGCCGAGUGUGAUCAGCUGUCAAUUCCAUCCGUUACAAAAUCUGACUUCAGCAUGAUUUUUGACAUGAAUUGA